AUCUAAUAAUAAUAAUAAGAAGAAGAAGAAGAAACCUGCAGUUGGAUGCUGAUAUGGAGUAUUCUUCAUACUUCUCCAUCUGAGGAAGAACAAAGUGAUGUAACUUUGUUUCGCUGAGUUUGAAAAAAGGAGCUCCAGCUGCUCAGUAAACGUUAAAGGAACAUUUGAAGAGAAGAUAACAACAGAGAUGUGGAGAUAGCAGCUCAAACGGUGGCAGAGUGCAGCAGUGGAAGAUUUCUGAGACGGUUACAGAAGAGGACAAAGAAUAUGAGCUGCAGCACAACAUGAUGGAGGCUGAUUUCAACCCCAGAGUUCUGCUGCACAGAUUAGAUGUUGAGAAGAUGCUGAUUAUUAAGGAAGCUUUUGUAGACCACAGACCUUGUGCUGACCUGCAUGACCCAAAGCCCCCGCACAUAAAGGAGGAACAGGAGGAAGUCUGCUCCAGUCUGGGGGGGGAGCAGCUCAAUUGGAAGGAGUUUGAUGCCAUCAGGUUUCCAGUCACUGCUACUCCCAUAAAGAGUGAGGAUGAUAAACAGUCCCCUCUAAUCUCACAGCUUUAUCAAGACCAACUUAAAGGCAGAGAGCUUCCUGAGGAGAACGUCGGAGGAGAAGAAUCCAUCAGGAUACAACAUCAUGAAGAUGGUUUCAUUUUCUCAGAGACUGAAGACACCGAGAUGGAAGAAGAGGACAAUGGUGUAAAGCACCCCGUCUCUGUGCUGAAACAGUUGUCCAACUCUGGACUGAAAACUAAGGACAUGGACAAUAACUGGAAGGAGAGCAGAGCUCCUAAAUCAGAUGGAAACAAUAACAACCCUUUUAGCUCCUCUGAGUUUGCUGAACAAUUUGGUCACCGUCACUCUCUUCAGAAACACAUGAUGGAUUCAGAACUUGGGACUUCAAGUUCUACGGAGGAUAGGAAAUUAUUUAUAGAGAAGAAAAAGGUGGGCUCACUAAUGAAAAUCCAGACAGGAGUAAAGUUUAGCUGUGAAGACUGUGGUAAAACAUUAACCCGAAAACAGAAUUUAAAAUAUCACAGGAGAAGCCACACAGGAGAGAAACCUUUCUGUUGUGAUCUAUGUGGGCAAGGAUUUAGCCGAAAGCAAAUUUUAAACACACACAUGAGAAUCCACACAGGACAGAAACCUUUCUGUUGUGAUACUUGUGGACAACGAUUUACUCAUAAUGUGAGUUUAAACUUGCACAUGAGAAUCCACACAGGAGAGAAACCUUUCUGUUGUGAUCUAUGUGGACAAGGAUUUAGCCGAAAGCACGUUUUAAACACACACAUGAGAAUUCACACAGGACAGAAACCUUUCUGUUGUGAUACUUGUGGACAAAGAUUUAGCCAAAAAGCACAUUUAAACAGACACUUCAGAAUCCACACAGGACAGAAACCUUUCUGUUGUGAUCUGUGUGGACAAAGAUUUAUCCAAAAGUCAAGUUUAAACAGACACAUGAGUAUCCACACUGGAGGGAAAAUGGCUUAGAUAUGAAUAUUCACUGAAACUGCAGAGCAGCAGUUUGCUGUGAAUUAUUUGUGACUUGUUAAUAAAGGCAGUUUUCACUAGUUAGAUUCAGCAUUUUACUAGUGGUUAAUCUUUCUAUUUUAAUCUGAAAACAAUUGGAUUGUUGGGACCCCAGCCAUGGGUUACAACAUUAAAGGCCAGUUAGAACUAUGCUGGAACUUUAAAAAUAAAACGCAUUAAUCUACUUUCCAGCUCAGCCCAGGAAGAGGAGGAGUCAGAGCUGAACAAAAAUGCCAUUCUCCAACAUGGCGACCUCUUUCCAUGUGGAUCUCGGAAGGGAACCAGAUAGGAGAGGCACCAUGCGCAAACGACUCCUUGCUAGCAAGCAGACAUGACUCUUCAACUUGGAUCCAAAAGUUACUACGAUCACAUGCAACAAAGUUAAGUAAUAAUUUGCUGUUCGAGUAUCCAGUAUUCCUUCAUAUAAAGGGUGUAGUAAGCCCUAAUUGAAGCAGAUUUUCCCCGCGGCCUGGAAAAGAAGGCCUGUACCGCAUCGCAUGCCUUCCUGCGUGCACAUCCAGGUAGCGAGAGCUGCCGCCACUGAAGGGGCCGAAUGUGCCUUUGCUGUACGGUUUGGCCGGGCCGGCUAAAAGCCGACUCUUGCAGCUACUGAGAUUAGCUAUUACACUAGUCCCUUUCAGUUCACAUAUGGAUGACCGGACCUCCCUCAUUUCGUCAACUGGAAACCUUUUACUCAUCACGGUUCACGUAAGAGGUAGUGUUUGGGCAGAAAAGAUUAGUUUAGAGUUAAAUAAUCGAAGUAAUAUUCGUUUAAUGAUGUUUGCUUUUGUUUGUGUUGAGAUAACUCCGCUAGAGUAAGUCCUUGCCGCCUAGCACUCAGCUAAUGAUGUGUUCUGUGAAUUUGAUUCUUUUAUUGGUGGUAUUUUAAAGGGACGAUAACAAGCCAUAAGCUUCUUUUCUUAGCUAUCGGCUAAGGUAACACAUGACUUAGGAGUCUAUUAAGACUCAUUCGUCCUAAAAGGUUAGGUUCUUAUUUAAAUUCAUAUUUUCUUAAAUAUUAUUGUACUAAAUAAAGGCAGCUAAUUAAACACCAUUGAGAAUUAGUCAUCCAGAAGGUUGGUUUUAUUCAACAGAUCAUUCUUUUAAAUAUUUUAUUAAAA